AUGUGGUUGGCAAAGAACAAUAACGUGGGAGUCAAGGAAGGAGGAUCAAAUGGGGUUGUAGCUGUUGCAAUAGACAAAGACAAAAGUAGCCAACACGCUCUUAAAUGGGCGGUUGAUCAUUUGUUGCAACGAGGCCAAUCUGUAAUUCUCGUCCAUGUCAAGCUCCGCCCUUCUCCAUUGACAAAUACCCCUUCUCUUCAUGCUUCCUCUGCAAAGCUGAGCCAAGAAUCUUCAUUAGUGUGCAGAGAUCCAGAAGGCAUUUCCAAAGAGUUGUUCCUUCCUUUCCGUUGCUUCUGCACGCGCAAAGAUAUUCAAUGCCAAGAUGUGUUGCUUGAGGAGACAGAUGUAGCCAGAGCAUUGGUAGAAUAUGCAAACCAAGCCGCCGUUGAGGUUUUAGUAGUUGGUUCAUCAAACAAAGGUGGCUUUCUUAGGUUCAAUAAGCCUACAGAUAUUCCAGGCACCAUAACAAAAAGUGCACCUGAUUUUUGCACAGUUUAUGUGAUAUCCAAAGGAAAGAUUCAAACAAUGAGAUCAGCUUCUCGUUCUGCACCUAUAAAUGCUCCUUUACGCAGUCCAGCUCAACAACCUAGCUUAAAGCCACCUCAACCUAUGCCUUCUACUUCCACUAACAAUAUGCGAGCUGAGAGACGGUCUUUCGAGUCUCAGCAACGCAGGUCUAUUGAAGAUCAACAACAACGUCGGUCCAUAGAGGAUCAUCAACGUAGGUCCAUGGAGGAUCAUCAUCAACGUAGGUCCAUGGAGGAUCAGUCAGAAUCCUUCAGGUCUCCUUUUACAAGAAGAGGAAAUGGGAGAUCAUACGGAGAACUAUCAGUUCCAGAAUCAGACAUAUCAUUUGUUAGUUCUGGAAGACCAAGCAUUGACCGUAUCUUCCCUUCUCUGUAUGACAAUAACGAUCCAAACCGAACUCCUCCUAGGUUGUCUAAUUUCUCAGACAUGGACUAUGGUUCUAACUUUGAUCAGUCCUCCAACUAUGGAAGGAGAUCAAUGGAUAUGAACUCACCUACUGAUAUGUCAUCAGGCUCGUUCGAGAGCGAAAGAUUUUCAUCCGCCUCUCAAACUGUAGUAAGACCUAUUAACAUGAUCUUCCCCAUGUCCGGUCUAAAACUAGCUAGAGGUACUGAUAAUUCCAUAAUGCAGGAUGACGUAGAAGCUGAGAUGAGGAGGCUUAAACUGGAGUUAAAGCAGACAAUGGAAAUGUACAGUACUGCUUGCAAAGAAGCACUCACAGCAAAACAAAAGGCCACUGAGCUUCAGCGUUGGAAGUUAGAAGAAGAGAGGAAACUAGAAGAGGCAAGACAUGCAGAGGAAGCAGCGUUGGCCAUUGCAGAGAAAGAGAAAGCAAAGUCGAAAGCAGCUAUGGAGGCAGCUGAAGCAGCUCAAAGGAUUGCUGAAUUAGAGUCUAAGAAGAGAGUAUAG